AUGGCUAGCCCUACCGUACUCGCUUUCGAUGCUGAGGGCCGCCCGGUGAAGUUUGACACCUGGCUCGAUGACCUGCACCUGUAUCUCCAGCUCACUGCCAAGGAGGAUAUCUCACUGUACGAUCACGCGCUAGGCCACGCUGCUGCCCCUGCUGCUGAUGCUGACAGCACUGCCCGCUCACAGUGGCAGACUCGUGACGCCCACGCCCGCUUCGCUAUUCGCGCCUCCCUGCCGCUAGAUGAGCGCGAGCACUUUGGCCAGCACAAGACUGCACAGGCAUUGUACACUGCUGUAGUUGCGCGCUACUCCUCACCUGCCUCUGCUGCGCUAGGUCGUCUCUCGCUUCCCUACCUGUUCCCAGACAUGUCCGCCUUCUCUACAGUCGCUGACCUCAUCACGCACCUCCGCUCUAGUGAGGCCCGCUUUCGUGCCGCUAUGCCUGCUGAGUUUCUUGCCAAGAACCCCCCCUCGCUGUGGCUGACUCUCUACCACAUCGUUACCCGUCUCCUUGACUCUCUUCGUGCAGUUAGGGACCACUUCCUCGCUCGCUGCCCCACUGAGCUCACCAUUGAUCUGCUCGAGAAGGAACUGCUUGCAGCUGAGAUUAGCAUAGUCGCUGUAGGUACCUCUCGUGGCGACCCCCGCACCCCGUUCUUCGAGGGGUGUUCCCCUUCCCCCCUUCUCCCCUCUGUCGCCUCUGCUGCCACUGUUGACCUCCUUGGGACUGAGCAGGUCGGGACAGCGUCCACUCCGAGUGGGCGCCGCAGCGGCAAGGGCAAAGGGGGCAAGGGAGGUGGUGGUGACAGCGGGGGAGGCGGUGGUGGGGGCGGUGGCGGUGGUGGGGGUGGUGGAGGGGCUGGAGGGGCUAGUGGCAGCAGUGGGGGUGGUGGUGGCGGCGGGGGUGGCGGCGGCAACAGCGGAGCAGGUGGCCGGGGUGGGGGCGGUGGUGGUGGCAGCAGUGGACGCGGUGGCGGCAGGGGUGGUGGUGGUCGAGGUGGUGGUGGUGGUCCGCGCCAGCAGCAGCCUCUCUCGCCCCAGGAGCUUAGUGAGUGGUACCUUCAGCAUGGUGGGGGGGCGGGUGGCCUUAGCUGCACGUACGUCAUCCGCACUGGUGACCGCGCUGGUCAGACGUGUGGGAGGGCGCACACCAUACAGCGCUGCUUCUCCCGCCUUGACAAUGCUUGGCGCGCUCAGUUUCCAGCUGCCACUGAGCUGCCCCGCUGGGCUGAUAUGCUGAGGAAGAACAUUGAUGUCUGUGCUCUUGACUUUGAUGUUAUUCUUUGUGCCAUGUAUGUGAUGUCUACUAGUGGAGAGAGUGUCCAGUACCUGCAUGUUCCGCCCGAUCCGGGCAUUAGGACCAGUGAGGCUGCCGCCCUAGGUGCUCGUGCGUCUGUUGCCCCAGGUGUUGUUGAGGCUGCCGCUCCAGGUGCUAGCGUCUCUGCUGCCCCAUGA